GCUUGCAGCCACGGAGAUUGCCUCCUCCUCACCACACACUCUCUGCACAGCUUUCCAAUAUCAUCGCGUCUUGGUAUAAAUCAAGGGCGCAGAGAGAUGCGAGGAGAGCCUUAGUCGAGGACAACGGGUAUUUCAUCCCUGACAAGUGCAGUUGCCUUCAGAUGCAAAUACACUACUUGGAAAGGGCUGUGCGUUCUGCAAGGGGGUGGAAGUAAGGAGGAGGAGAUGCUGUGAGCAGAGUUCUGGAAGCUGCACGCCUCUGGGGAAACGGAGCAGUGAGGGAGCUUUGCACGGAGCCGAGAGCGUGCGAAUUGGAAGGAAUCCUGAGAGCUGGCCAGUCCCAGCUCCUCUCCGGAAAAGCAGUUGCUCUGGCUUCAGAGAAGCGCCCAGCCUUCGCCUGCAUCACACUGCAGACUUUUAUGCAUUAUUGAAACUUCAAACCAUCACCCAUAGUGAUUUCAUUUUGACUGACUGCAUAUUUAGAAAUUGUGAAGAAUUUUAUCUUGAAACAUGCCCUGCUGAAAGUGUGAAUCUUAGAAUUCUGCCAAUCACCUACAUAAAGAAUUCUUCACCUGGUAUGUAAGACAACUUCCUGCCACCAUCAUGACAAACCAGGAAAAGUGGGCCCACCUCAGCCCCUCAGAAUUUUCCCAACUUCAAAAAUAUGCUGAAUAUUCUACAAAGAAAUUAAAAGAUGUUCUUGAAGAAUUCCAUGGUAAUGGUGUGCUUGCAAAGUAUAAUCCAGAAGGGAAACAAGACAUUCUUAACCAAACAAUAGAUUUUGAAGGUUUCAAGCUAUUUAUGAAGACAUUCCUUGAAGCGGAGCUCCCUGAUGAUUUCACAGCCCACCUUUUCAUGUCAUUUAGCAACAAGUUUCCUCACUCUAGUCCAAUGGUAAAGAAUAAACCUGCUCUCCUUUCGGGCGGACUGAGAAUGAAUAAAGGUGCCAUCACGUCCCCCCGUACUUCUCCUGCAAAUACGUGUUCCCCAGAAGUGAUCCAUCUGAAGGACAUCGUCUGCUACUUGUCUCUUCUUGAAAGAGGAAGACCUGAGGAUAAACUUGAGUUUAUGUUUCGCCUUUAUGACACAGAUGGAAAUGGCUUCCUGGACAGCUCGGAGCUAGAAAAUAUUAUCAGCCAGAUGAUGCAUGUCGCAGAGUACCUUGAAUGGGAUGUCACUGAACUUAAUCCAAUCCUUCAUGAAAUGAUGGAAGAAAUUGAUUAUGAUCAUGAUGGCACAGUCUCUCUGGAGGAGUGGAUUCAAGGAGGAAUGACAACAAUCCCACUUCUCGUGCUUCUCGGCCUGGAAAAUAACGUGAAGGAUGACGGGCAGCACGUGUGGAGACUCAAGCACUUUAACAAGCCAGCCUACUGCAACCUGUGCCUGAACAUGUUGAUCGGCGUGGGCAAGCAGGGCCUCUGCUGCUCCUUUUGCAAGUACACAGUCCAUGAGCGCUGUGUGGCUAGAGCGCCUCCUUCUUGCAUCAAGACCUAUGUAAAGUCCAAGAAGAACACUGAUGUCAUGCACCAUUACUGGGUUGAAGGUAACUGCCCAACCAAGUGUGAUAAGUGCCACAAAACGGUUAAAUGUUACCAGGGCCUGACAGGACUGCACUGUGUUUGGUGUCAGAUCACACUCCAUAAUAAGUGUGCUUCUCAUCUAAAGCCUGAGUGUGACUGUGGACCUUUGAAGGACCAUAUUUUACCACCCACUACAAUCUGUCCAGUGGUACUGAAUCUGCCUACUUCAGGAGUUUCAGUCACUGAGGAAAGACAGACAACAGCAAAAAAGGAAAAGGGUGUUUCCCAGCAGCCAAACAAAGUGACUGACAAAAAUAAAAUGCAGAGAGCCAACUCAGUUACUGUAGAUGGACAAGGUCUACAGAUUACUCCUGUUCCUGGGACACACCCACUUUUAGUUUUUGUGAAUCCUAAGAGUGGUGGGAAGCAAGGAGAACGAAUUUAUAGAAAGUUCCAAUAUCUACUAAAUCCUCGUCAGGUUUACAGUCUUUCAGGAAAUGGACCAAUGCCAGGGUUGAACUUUUUUCGUGAUGUGUCUGACUUCCGAGUGUUAGCCUGUGGUGGCGAUGGAACUGUGGGAUGGAUUUUGGACUGCAUAGAAAAAGCUAACGUAGCCAAGCACCCUCCAGUUGCCAUUUUGCCUCUUGGGACCGGAAAUGAUCUAGCAAGAUGCCUGCGAUGGGGAGGAGGCUAUGAAGGAGAAAGUCUGAUGAAAAUUCUAAGAGAUAUUGAAAACAGCACAGAGAUUAUGUUGGACAGAUGGAAGUUUGAAGUUAUACCUAAUGACAAAGACGAGAAGGGUGACCCAGUGCCUUACAGUAUCAUCAAUAAUUACUUUUCCAUUGGCGUGGAUGCCUCCAUUGCACACAGAUUUCACAUCAUGAGAGAAAAACACCCAGAAAAAUUCAACAGUAGAAUGAAGAACAAGUUUUGGUAUUUUGAAUUUGGCACAUCUGAAACCUUCUCAGCCACCUGCAAGAAGCUACAUGAGUCUGUAGAAAUAGAAUGUGAUGGAGUACAAAUAGAUUUGAUAAACAUCUCUCUGGAAGGAAUUGCUAUUUUGAAUAUACCAAGCAUGCACGGAGGAUCCAAUCUUUGGGGAGAGUCUAAGAGAAGACGAAGUCAUCGCCGAAUAGAGAAAAAGGGAUCUGACAAAAGACCCACACUUACAGAUGCCAAAGAGUUGAAGUUUGCGAGUCAAGAUCUUAGUGACCAGCUUUUGGAGGUAGUUGGCUUGGAAGGAGCCAUGGAGAUGGGACAGAUAUACACAGGCCUGAAAAGUGCUGGACGGCGACUAGCUCAGUGCUCCUCUGUGGUCAUCAGGACUAGCAAGUCUCUGCCAAUGCAGAUCGAUGGGGAGCCAUGGAUGCAGACCCCAUGCACAAUAAAAAUUACACACAAGAACCAAGCCCCAAUGCUGAUGGGCCCUCCUCCCAAAACUGGGUUGUUCUGCUCCCUUGUCAAAAGAACAAGAAACCGAAGCAAGGAAUAAUCCCUGUAUCAUUUCAUUCCUAGAGGUCUAAUUAGCAAAAUUAGGCCAUGGACCAUGUAUGUUGGACAUCCUUGAACCAUUUUAAGUCUCCUGUUCAUGCAAAGUCAUGGGAUUGGUUUAACAUUUUUUUGUUACUGAUCUAAUAUAAAAUUUGACUAUUAGAGGAAAAAUUGUAUCAUUUUAUAGGCAUCUUUGCAUGAAGAAAUCAGAAGUUUAUAUGAAGUGAUACUGCAUAUUUUUGUUGCAUGCACUCUCAUAGAUUUUUAUGUCUCCUGCCUAUUUCUCCUCCAACUCCACUACAAACUUGUGAGAAAAGUUUAUGAUAUGUCAAAAAGGAAAUAUCAUGAAAAACAGGAAUCUCAAUGUGAUUAUUAUCAGUAAGCAGAAAUUGGUAAUGUGAUGGUGGUCAUGAAAACAGGUUGCUAUAUUUUUCCCUUUUAGAAUUAGUCUAUCUGUGAUCUUUGACCUAUCACUUGAGGAGAAAUUUUCAACUGAAAUACUUUAUUAAUUAGUUGUUCUAUGGUACUUUGCUAUAUCUAAAUAGUUUUUCUUCAACACUUUAAUGCUUCUGAGUGGAAUUUAAAAUAUCAGGUAUAAACUUUUCUUGUGCUGAAUAAUAGAAAGUGGUUUUUCAUUUGGUUAGUUUUGUUUAUAAUUGCAGGAAUAAGUGAAAACAUGAAAAGUGUGAUAAUAUGCCAAACCUAUUCCAUUUUGCAUGUGAAUCUAGAGGAAAAUUCAUAAUCACACGAGUAACCAAAUAGCUGUUUUAAACCAUGUGCCUAACAAACUGUGUUUCCCACCAAAGAUUCAGAGAAAGAUGUUUUGAAAGAAAUGGGUUAAUGCAUAAUUAACUAAUAAUUGUGGAGAAAAAAUAUAGUUCUCAUGAUUAAUUUGGUGAUGGCUGAAAUGCGGAGAGUGGAUUACCCAUUAAUUAUAAUUAAAGUUCUUACCUUUCACAGACAAUAGGCCAUGAAACACAAUCAAAGCUCAAUAGCUGAUUUCUUGCUUUUUUGGUCAUUUAUAAAUAUAGAUGUCCAUGAUUUUUAAUGGAUUGGUUAAGUACACAUGAUAAAGUAUGUAUCAGUUCUUUCUAGUAUAAAUUGAGAUUUGUAACAAUACCAAGCUCAUUGAAGCACAUCAUGCAUGCAAUUAGCCCCCUCUACUUCACCCAGCCCACACCUGUCUCUAUGUCAUUUCAAUCGUUUAUUUGAAAAUAAUGGCCUAGUUCAUUGUUUAAGAUAUGGACUGGUUAGAUUUUUGAUUGUUUAAAGAAUUAUGGAAAAUACUUUUCUUAGUGUAUCAUUAAACCUAUGAUAUAAAAUGAAAUGCUGUUCUGAGCAGUUUGGGGAUUGUUCAUUUACUAUUGACCUACAUCUCAUCAUUGCAUGUUUUAUGUUUUCAAACAUGCCGUAAGGAAAACAAGUGCUUAGAAUGCAUGAUUUAUUAGUUUAUCUCUCCACUCUGCAUUAAAGUACUAAUGAUUUAUCAGCUCUGUUUUUCUAUCGAUUCAUUCAUCUUCAAAUAACAAAUAGCACUUAGUGAUUCUGUUAAACACAAUCUUGUGCAUGAAUUUAUGGAUUUCAAAUAAAAUUACUGUAAUUUUCAUUCUUUGGUUUAAAAAACAAUGCUGUUAUAUCAGUAGCUACUCUCAAGCAGAGUGUUAAAAAUGAAGAUCAUGUAGAAAACAUAUUCUUUUAGUGUUUCGGGAACAUUACAUGGUAAAUAUUAAUAAACACUAUGUUUGAUUGUUUUGAAAAUAAAAACUUUUGAAGAAAAUUAAGACAUAAUUUAGCAUUCCCAUGAAAAUUAUCAUUAUAAUUUCAAAUGUAGUGCAAUUACUUGCACUGGUAUAAUAAUUUUUAUAAAAUGGUUAUUUGGCGAAACAGUAAUCAAGAACAAAAGAAAUAUCAAAGCUGCAACUAAUGCAUUAUUCUCAUAAUGUUACAUAACUCACAUUAAUUUUUAUGUAUCUAUAGUUACAGGUAAUAAAUAUUUUCACAUAAAUUGACAAAAUUUUAUAAAAUGGGCAGGCAGGCUUUGUGUCAGAGACAUAUUCUGAAGCCACAAAUUAUUUUAUCUUCAGUAACAACAUGCUAUUAUUUCUUGGCUUCCUUCUAUAGUAUAUAGUUUGAAGGCAGCAACAGUUUGUGAAUCAUUCUUAACAAUCUGUGCACUGGAAAUCUGUUGAAUAGACAGUGGAAUGAGGCAAAUUAAACAACCCUCCAAUAUGACUUCAGUAAUUAAAAUAAUAGGAUGCAGCUUCACUUCACUGUAGCAGUAUAACUAUAAUUAAUGAUAAUCGUAAUUACCCACAGUUUCUUUCAGUUUGCCUCCUUGGUUCCAAUAAUAAAUAUUCAAAUAGGAAUAAAAUUUUACUUGCCCAGCUCAUUUUUUUUAAGAGAUUGGCAUGCUUGCCCUGAAAGUGCACUACUAUUAGGGUUUGGAAAGUAGUUUCUAAGAACUUAUUUUGCUCAUUAUGAAAUCAGAGAAGAUAUUCUCAUUCAUUUUUGUGACAGCUUCAGGUGAAGGAUAUAUAUUUUAAGAAAAAUUAUAAACCUAAAGUUCUAUGUUAUAUUAAAAUAUUAAAUAAUGAGUGUGAGUUUUCCAAGAUACAUUUUUUUAUAUGUGUGUCAGUGUUUUCAUAGUCUAGUCCACCUCUUUUAAAUAUAGUACUCAAAGUUAUAAUGUUUUAAGUGACUAAAGCACUUAUGUAAAAAUUAACCCUGGGGCCUACGUGUGUCAGAGGAAAAAGGAUCAGGACAUAAAUACUUGGUUAAAUGUUGUCAUACACUGGGAAUUUACUCACUGCUAUUUCUGGUAUUAACAGAAAUAAGUUCCAGAAUAAUCCUAAAUAAUUAUGCUGCUAAUAAGAUUGGAAGUAUCUAUGUUGGACCAGAAAGUGUAAAGGGUAAAAAUUUAUUUUUCCACUUGUGUAUACCACUUGUAGUUGAUGCAAAAAGUGCUGGUUAACUUUUUGUGAAGGCAACAGAUUGUACAAAAUUAAAAAUUAACAUUUUAAAAGUCUUUCUUUUAAAAUAGAUUAUGAUGUUAUAGUCGAAGAAAAAUAUUCACAUGUUGACCGUAAUCUACUGCAGGCAGAAAUUUAAAUUCAAUAUGAGUUAAUGAAUCACAUAUAAGUUUCUGCAUUUGUUCUUUUUACGUUUGUAGAAAGAUGGGAAGCAAUUGAAAUUUACAAGGAAGAGUCUAUUUUGAAUCUCGGUUGUUAUUUACUUGAAACAGAAAAAUAAUGUUCAAAUGGCUCCAUUCCUUUUUUGUGUCAAAGUCUGUUUUUCAUUGGUUAUAUAAAGCAAAAUGUACUUUUUAUGGUACAUGAAAAGAAUUAUUCAAAUACAGCAUACAUAUUGAUAAUUGAAAAGUUUAAGCCCUCAUAAAAUAUUUUGAAGGCUGUAAAAUCUAAGCAAAUCUAUAAGUAAACAAAAACCUGCAAAGUAGCUUUUAUUUUGUGAAAGGCAAAAGUCACCCUUUGAAUCUCCCAUUUAAAUUACAUUGUAUCAAAAUAGUUUGGAUAAAUUCACAUUUGAAAGAUUCUGUACAUCUUUUUUUGUUUAAAAACAAAAUUCAUUGAAAUUACAGUAUCUUAAUUAUUUUCUCAGAAAGUGUUAUAUACAAUAUCUUGUUUUUGAAAUAAAAAUGUUAACCACCAA